AUGAACUGGCAAAUGUGGAAUCGGAUUGGCGACGGCUUAGACCAGUUCCCAUGCAAUCCAGCCCUGCUACAAAUAGUGCAGGAGCAUGAGGUCUUAUGGUUGCCAACCGGCUGCCAAGGUGCCCAUCCAACUGGAGACGUGGAUGAGCGUGCCGAGAAUAUCUCAGUGCUUGGCAGUAUCGGUAUCGAGGAUCCGCUCCGGUACGAUGUAAAACCAAACAUGGCGCCGCGGAAAUUUCUCGAUAGCAAACACCGGAGCUUCAGUCAAGGCACGGCCGUUGGGCGAGGUAUACUAAUCAACAAGCUUGUCUGGACUUGGGGCUCGGAGCCCGACUUUGACGCAUAG